UCACCAUACAGCUGCAUCAUGAUAAGAUCCUGUUUUGUUUUGGUUGCUGUGCUUCAGGUGCUAGGUGUGUCUGCACAAGAAGGUCCCGGUGGACCACCAGGAGAUCCAAGGCAACAUCCAAUCCUGAGCAAAAUUCCUAGAAAGUGUUGGGCACCACCACCUGGAAUAGACAUUUACAGAUGUUGUCCAAUACCGAAGCUGUAUCCAGACGAAAUUAUGGAACAAUGUGGCAUCAAGAGAGCAUCAGGUAAUCCCUCCGAGGAACCGGAGAAAAUUCAACCUGGUCCAAAAGUUCCCUGCAAAGAAGGAAUCUGUUUAAUGCAAAAUGCUAACCUGUUGCAAGAAAACAACAGCGUAGACUAUACCAAGUUAAGGAGCUUUUUGGACCAGUGGGCCGAUACCAACGCUGAGUUCACUGACGCCAUAUUGGCUGCGAAGAAGAUUUGUGCCCAAGAUGGCGGACCAGCCGGCCCACCAGUUUGUGAACAAGACAGGAUAUUCUUCUGUCUGACGUCUAAUAUAUUAUGGAACUGUAAUCUUAGAAAAUUAGAUGGUUGCGAUAUCCUGCAAGAGCAUAUGGACGAGUGUAGACAGUACUACGUUCAAGAUGAGCCAGAAGAAUAAAAAACGAAAAACCCUUAAUUAAUCGUAUUAAUGAUUAUACUAUUUUUUGUACUUAAUUAUUUUUAUCAUGUAAAUAUACAAAAUCUCACAGCAA